AUGAUGAUAGCAGCUUACAGCAGAAAGGGCAAUAUGGAAGAAGCUGAAGCCAUUGUUAAUAGGACAAUCAUGAAGGGAGGAAAGCCAAAUUUAUGGACUUGGUCAGGGCUCUUGCUUGGAUAUAUUCCACAAAGAAAUUUUUCGAUGGUUGUUCGAUGUAUGAAAGAGGCAGUUUCUAUCUGUGAAGUGGGGUGUAAGUGGAGGCCACUACCGGACUCCUUAGCUGCCAUUUUUCAGUACUUGAAAUUUAAUGGAGAUAUGGAGGAGGCAGAGGAUUUGAUAAGGUUACUCAGCAGCAAGAAUAUUAUCUCCCUUGAUGUUCAUAACAAGCUGAUGAGUUGGAUUAAGGAUGUGGAAUCAAAUGUGCCUGCAAUUGAUGUGCUGGGAGGCGAUUCACAUAAACAAAUUGGGGAAAUUUCAGAGCCAGAGGAAGAUGGAACACGAACAACCCUGACUUUAAGCCUGGAGGUGUUGGGGUGUUCGAGGUCAUCUCAAUUAAGCCAGUCACAAUAA